UACAGUGUGACUGACUGAGAGACUGAGACUGACGUUGCUCUGUAGCAGAGACUUGAAGAACUUUAGGACAUGCUGUUCUUCCUUGUCCUGUCUUUUUGGGUUCCAGCUGUAUUGACUUCGGGCCAGGUUUGGCCAUUGAACAGCACACCACGGAAAACAGUCACUCUGAGUAACAGAGGACAUGUCUUUCAAGAGGAGGGAGUGUGGAAUUACACCACCAUGCUCCUGAUGGAAGACGAGGGUGUGCUCAUCCUGGGAGCUCGAGAGGCCAUCUUUGCCCUGGACCUCAACAACAUCACACACAAGAAGGCUAUGGUUAAAUGGGCGGUGACUUCAGAGAUGCAGCGCACUUGUAUUUUCAAAGGGAAAACACAGACUGAGUGUCAUAACUACAUCCGGAUCCUUCAUAAAAUGUCGAACGACACCAUGUUCGUUUGUGGUACCAACGCUUUUAAUCCAACCUGUGAUAUUAUGUCUUAUAAAGACGGCAAGCUGACUCUCGAAGGUAAACAACAAGAUGGGAAUGGAAAGUGUCCAUUUGAUCCUUUCCAGAGAUGCGCCUCUGAAUUUGUCGAUGGAAAGCUGUACUCUGCUACAUCUUUGAAGAACUUUGGCUUUGUACCGGUUGUGAUGCGAAGCUUAGAUAACAACAUGCAAACUGAAUUCCUGACUUCAUGGCUUAAUAAGCCCAAUUUCAUUGGCAUGAAGCAUGUGGCUGAGGGAGAUGACAACCCAGAGGGGGAUGAUGACAAGAUUUACCUUUUCUUUAAUGAAAUAGCUGUGGAGUACGAUACCUACAGUAAGAUGGAGAUGUCAAGGGUGGCUCGCGUUUGUAAGGUACUCUUCUUGUUAAAACUAUGUUGCCGAUAUUACAGUACACCAUUCUACAUUUCUAUGUUUUUAUUCAUCAGGACCUAAAUAAAAGUUGUGCGUUCCUCACAACUUCUUUGUUCAAACAAAGAACCUCAGGUGAUGACAAAAUAUUUGGGUG